AUGAUGAUGAGACACCUGGCAGCUAUUGGUGAAACGUAUGCCCAAACUGCCCUUGAAGAUGCUGCUUGGAACCUGUGGCAUGUAAAUCCUUCUCAGGCCAGCACAUCUACAUCCACUUCUUCUUCAAACAAUCCAAAUCCUUUCACAAGUAUUGUAAGACACCAAGGAGGACACACUACUCGGGGUGGGGGUGGGUCCCUUAUCAGAACCAUGCCAACUCCACUUGUCCCGGAUGUUGACUUGUCAAACAUAAUCGCCAUGGUUGAAACCGUUCGUGAAGUCCUUCCCCAUGUCCCUGAUGAAUUAAUAUUACAGGGACAGUGGAGGUGGUCAAGUGAGACCCUGUUGCUUUUAUUGGGGUCUAGUGCUUAUAUUUGGGAGUUGGGACUGGAUAAUAAAGCUGUGGAAGAUUUUGAUGAUUGGAUUAAUUGGCUUAUGUAUAAAGGUGGAGUUGGAGUGAAAGGAGACAAUAGUUGGGAAUCUUGGCGGGAUGAACAGACACAUAUCCAGAAAAUCAGAGGGCGUGUACUUGAAACUAUAUUGUGCUUGAGGUUCUUCAUAUUUCAAUACGAGAUAGUCUACAAGCUCCAGCUCACUGGAAAUCAUACAUCAUUAUUGUUUUAUAGCAUUACAUUGCCGAAAAUGUCCCUUAAUAGCAAUGUAGCAAGCUUGCUGUUAACAUCUCGUGUCAGAAAUACAAACACAUAUCGAAAACCAUUUUCUUUCACUGUUGCAUUUAAAACCUAUAUUUUAGUUUCAGAUAUCAGAAGGAUUGAAGAUGCUGAAAUUAAGCACAAGAUAAGGAAGGUAGAUCCGACUUGGGACAUGGAGGCUGAUGAAGGAGACAAUUACACACAUAUUCCAGUAAGAAAUAGAGUUGGAUGA